UGUUGGAAUGCCGAACCCGAAAAACCUGACUGAUAUGCUUCAACUUCUGCCUAUUUGUCUUCAUAUAUAGGCAAGAACCUUCACUGUCAAGUCUUGAGAAGAGGGGUCUUGAGUGACCCGUAUGUGUGUACUUCUUUUAUCGGGUUGUAUUCACACGCAGCUUUUUGGGUAGUGCAUGUAAGGUGUUCGAUGAAAUGCCUGAACCGUGUGUUGUAUCGUAUAAUGCGAUGCUUGAUGCUUGUGGGAAAAACGGGGAUAUAAGUUUGGGGUUCUUGAUGUUUUCUCGCAUGCCGUAUAGAGAUGUUUAUUCAUAGACUAGUAUGAUUCAUGGGUACAUGAAGAACGGGUGUUUUGAGGUUGCUCUUAAGUUUUUCGAUGAGGCCUUAUGAGGCUACUUUAGUUAGUAUUCUUUCUUCUUGCACGUUACUCGAUGUUGGUGUGGCUUUAUACCUAGGGAGGCAAGUACAUGCUUACAUGGCAAAGAAUGAGGAGUUGAGUGUCUUCAUGACGACCGCAUUGAUCAUGUUUUGCGGGAAGAUGGGUUGUUUGGUAUAUGCUUCGAAGGUGUUUGAUGCAAUGGUUAUCAAGCAGGUUUGUUCUUGGAAUGCUAUGAUUUCUUCCCUGGCUUUGAAUGGUAGAGAGAAGCAGGCAUUUGCAAUGUACGAGAAGAUGAGAGCAAAAGGGAUGCAACCAAAUGAGAUUACUUUUGUGACAGUUCUAUCAGCUUGUGUGCGUGCCAAGCUUGUCGAUUUGGGUUUUCAAUUGUUUGAGACAAUGUCACAUGAAUUUGGACAUGUAGCUAAGAUGGAGCAUUAUGGUUGUGUGGUUGAUCUCUUAGGGAGAGCUGGGGUUCCUUCUUAGGGAGAGCUGGACUACUAUAGGAAGCGUACGACUUUAUAAAGAAGAUGCAUUUUGAAGCUGAUUCCACUGUAUUGGGUGCUCUGAUGGGUGCUUGUAGACUUCAUGGAGCUAUCGAAUUGGGAAAUGAAGUAGGACAACUAUUGCUUAAGACGCAACCGGGUUAUUCUGGGUGAUAUGUGCAACUCUCAAGCAUAUACGCUGGGUUAGAGAGGUGGGACCAUGCUGUUGCCUUGAGAAAAGCAAUGUUCGAUGCUGGAAUACACAAGUUUCCAGCUCACAGUUUUAUUUAGUAGAGCGGAUAACUGCAGCAGCUUUUAUUUGCACAGUUAUUAAUGAGCCUGCUUGUUGAUGAAAUCUCGACUCAUCAAAAUCAGCUAAAGAAGGAGACUGCAUAUGGUUUUUGCACAGAGAUUGAAGCACUGCAUAUGGGUAUGUUGUUGUUGUUGCAGUCUUGGCAGAUAAACAUUCAUCAAUUUUUUAUUUUGAAUUUGUCUGUGAGCUCAAGCUAACAUAGCUAGACUGAUCAAGGAGAUGAUAAAAUUUUGUGAGAAUUCACGGUAAACCUGGUUUCAAAGUCUGUUUGAUGAGGUAUUUCUUUUUGUUUUCUACUUUUGUUUUUCUGCAUCUUUUUCUUUGCCCUGGAAUUUUGAAAUUGUGGAGCAGUUUGCUAAUUGAUUAAUCUGAACAAUAUUGAUCACGAUAAACAUCAUUUAAAGACAAACAGUUCUGUUUGUAUCCUUCCUGAGUAAAGUGUCAAAUCCACAUGGAUUUCAGUCACUAGCAAUUCUAUCACUCAAUUGUGUGUUCAUGUCUAUCUCACUUAAGGCUUUAAACAUUACCCACCAUCCCAGAUUUUGCAGGUGUCUUUAUGCAAGUUAUUGUUUAAAUGGAAGAUCCCUUUUUGACGCCUCACUGCUUUUGUAGUAGUCAAUCGAAAAAAGUGAAAAGAAAUACCAAGAGUUUCACGUUGUUCACAAGUCAAUGUACAAGUCUUUGUGUAGAUAAUAGAAUUUUUAAAUAAAAUCUACCAACAAACAAAACAUAAUCACUGCAUAUUACAGUGUUCAUGUGAAUUUGAUUUCAUCUGGAUCAUAAUGUUUUAUGAGCCAAUUGUGCUCCAAGUCUCUUUUCCUAAUCAGAAGAUAUACUAAAGAUAAAACAGUAGUAAAUACGCAUUUCGAAG